CAGAAAUCCAACAUUGAUUUCAUUGAAAACAAAUAUAAAGAUUGAAAAUUAAAAUUUAGCUUAAAAUCGUGCUGUUUUAAAGUUGAUGAAGAUGCAUGUGGUACCGAAUCCAGUGAUAAUGACCCCUGCUAAGUUUCACUUCCAAGUGAGUCGUUUGUGGACACUUCUCAAGAGGAAUCCACGCCAUUGGGGUUCAGUUGGUUCCGUGUUUGUAAUCGUGCCCACUAUGGCCUCAGUAUCUGCCUAUCAUAGUCUGCACAGUCCGGACACAAUCCUGACCCGAGCCAAUCCUGAGCCCUGGCAUCAGUUUGACCACAAACAGCACAAAUUCCGUUCUCACAUCGAUCACCAACACUACGAUCACCCGAGACCGAGGUUUUAGGUAUGAGAGGUAUGAGUGCAUCUGCUUUACGGUCAAGUGGAUCAGUCUUUCGAGACAGCAAUCAUAUAAUAGACAU